AUGAAGAGUAACGUCUUCAGCGUGUUGUACGGCACGCUUCUUCUGGCCCAGGUUGCGAUCGCCCAACUCGAGCCAACUCUAGGUUUAAAAUCUUCAGGAUGGGUGUUGCGGCGGGAAGGCGGUACGAAUUACGAGUGCAAAUGUUAUCCCGGCGACGACUGCUGGCCCAAAGAGGGUCAAUGGCAAAAGCUCAACAGCACGGUGGACGGGAACCUCCAGGUCAACAUCCCCCCUGGAGCUCCGUGCUACAACACCUUCAAGGGACCUUUCGGAGAACUGGAGACGUACGAUAAAGCCGAAUGUGAGAAGGUGACCUCCAACUGGCCCAACGAACAAUUUCAGAUUGAGUUGCCCGCCGCUGGGCUCUGGACCUACUUCACCAAUGACACCUGCCGCCCAACGACAACUCCAACCGACACCUGCACUCUGGGGUACUACCCGGUGCUCGUCAUCAUGGCCAAGACGUCUGCUCAUAUUCAGGCCGGAAUUAACUUUGCCCGGGACAACAACCUGCGCUUAAUCAUCCGUAACACCGGCCACGACUUCCUUGGCCGAAGUGUUGGUUGGGGAUCCCUCGUCAUUAACACCCACAGCUUCCAAGAUAUCAAGUUCUCGGAUUCCUGGCGCGGAACCUGCGGCUACAACGGUUCUGCCGUUACCGUCGGCGCUGGCGUUCAAGCCUUCGAGGUCCUCAAGCGGGCCAAUGCCAUGAACCCUCCCAAGAUCAUAGUGACCGGAGAGUGCGCCACAGUUGGUGUUGCUGGCGGCCUCGUCCAAGGCGGCGGCCACGGCCCACUAACCAACCUCCACGGCUUCCUCGCCGACACAGCCCUCGAAUUCAAAGUCAUCACCGCCGACGGCGCGCUCAAAACCGCCAGCGCCAAAACCAACCCCGAUCUCUUCUGGGCGUUACGCGGCGGCGGCCCGGCCACCUUCGCCGUCAUCCUCGAAGCCACCUACAAAACCUUCCCCGACCCGCCCAGCGCAGGCAUCAACCUCGACAUCCCCCCCGCCGCCACCGCCAACAACCCCACCCUCUUCUGGGCCGCAGUCCGCACCUUCCACCGCUACAGCACGCACUUCAUCGACCACGACCUGUACGUGUACUACGAACUCGGCACCGCCGGCCAGAACCUGCACGUGCACCCCUUCGUGGGCGUCGGCAAGACGCUCGCCCAACUACAAACCAUCCUCCAACCCUUAUUCGACGACCUCGACGCGCUGGGGGUCAACUACACGACCUCCGGCGGCGCCGAGUACGCCACCUUCUACGACCUGUACCAGGCCAUGUUUGAGGGUGAGGCAGCGGGCAACUCAGCACUCACGGGCGGGUGGGCGCUGGGCCGACGGGAUGUGGAGGAGAACCAUGACGGGGUGGUGGAGGCGUUUCGGAGCGUGCUGGAUGCCGGGUCGUUUAUGAUCGGGCAUAUGUGGAGUGCUGGGCGGGGGGUGCCGAGGGAGGAGUGGGGGAAGAGCGCGGUGAAUCCGCGGUUUCGGGACGUCGUGGACAAGAUUAUCACGCUGGUGCCCGUGGCCGGGAACGCGCUGCUGGCGGAGAAGGCUGCUGCGCAGGAGAGGCUGACGAAUGUGGUGGAUAGGGCGCUGAGGGAGGCCGCGCCGAAUGGGUGUGCUUAUGUCAAUGAGGCAGACCCGUACGAGCCGAACUGGCAGGAGGCUUUCUGGGGUGACAACUACCCCAGGUUGUUGGAGCUCAGGAAAAAGUAUGACCCUAACGGGGUCUUUUAUGCGGUAUCGACGCCGGGCACCGAGGACUGGGAGCAAAUUGAGACGGGCACUCGCCUCUGCCGGAAGCUUUGA